AUGUCGGCCAAGGUGCGGCUCAAGAAGCUGGAGCAGCUGCUCCUGGACGGGCCCUGGCGCAACGAGAGCGCCCUGAGCGUGGAGACGCUGCUCGACGUGCUCGUCUGCCUGUACACCGAGUGCAGCCAGUCGGCCCUGCGCCGCGACAAGUAUGUGGCCGAGUUCCUCGACUGGGGUAAGCCUGUUAAUUCCAAACUUAAAGAAAUCAAACUACAUACUAAGGAUAUCAUGCUUGGCAAAGUAGUGGGGAUGGGUGCAGGUGGGGGUGUUGCUGUUGUCAAAAUGAAGAACACGGAACGGAUUUACGCCAUGAAGAUCCUCAACAAGUGGGAGAUGCUCAAAAGAGCAGAGACGGCGUGCUUCCGGGAGGAGCGGGACGUGCUGGUGAACGGUGACUGCCAGUGGAUCACGACGCUGCACUACGCCUUCCAGGACGAGAACUACCUGUACUUAGUCAUGGAUUACUACGUGGGCGGUGACUUACUGACCCUGCUCAGUAAAUUUGAAGACAAGCUCCCAGAAGACAUGGCAAGAUUCUACAUUGGUGAGAUGGUGUUGGCCAUCGAUUCCAUUCAUCAGCUUCAUUACGUGCACAGAGACAUUAAGCCUGACAAUGUCCUUUUGGAUGUGAAUGGUCAUAUUCGCCUGGCCGACUUUGGAUCAUGUUUGAAGAUGAAUGAUGAUGGAACUGUCCAGUCCUCAGUGGCUGUGGGCACGCCCGACUAUAUCUCCCCGGAGAUCCUGCAGGCGAUGGAGGACGGCAUGGGCAAGUACGGCCCAGAGUGCGACUGGUGGUCCUUGGGGGUCUGCAUGUAUGAGAUGCUCUAUGGAGAGACGCCCUUCUAUGCCGAGUCACUCGUGGAGACCUACGGAAAGAUCAUGAACCACGAAGAGCGGUUCCAGUUCCCAUCCCACGUCACGGACGUGUCCGAAGAGGCCAGAGACCUCAUCCAGAGACUCAUCUGCAGCAGGGAGCGCCGGCUCGGGCAGAACGGGAUAGAGGAUUUCAAGAAGCAUGCCUUCUUCGAAGGUCUGAAUUGGGAAAACAUACGGAACCUAGAAGCUCCUUACAUUCCGGAUGUCAGCAGCCCCUCCGACACGUCCAACUUUGACGUGGACGACGACGUGCUCAGGAACACUGAAAUACUACCUCCUGGGUCUCAUACAGGCUUUUCUGGAUUGCACUUGCCAUUCAUUGGUUUCACGUUCACGACAGAAAGCUCCUUCUCAGACCGCGGCUCCCUGAGGAGCGUGAUGCAGUCCAGCACCCUGAGCAAGGACGAGGACGUGCAGCGCGGCCUGGAAAACAGCCUGCAGGUGGAGGCCUACGAGAGGAGGAUCCGGAGGCUGGAGCAGGAGAAGCUGGAACUGAGCAGGAAGCUGCAAGAGUCCACACAGACGGUCCAGUCCCUUCACAGCUCAGCUCGAGCCCUGGGGAACUCCAACCGCGACAAAGAGAUCAGGGAGCUAAAUGAAGAAAUCGGACGUCUGAAGAACAAAAUAGCAGAUGCCAGUCGGCUCGAGCGACAGCGUGAGGACACCACGGUCCUCCGACAGGAGCGUGAGGACUCUGCGCAGCGGCUGAAGGGGCUGGAGAAGCAGUGCCGUGUGGCGCGCCAGGAGAAGGAGGACUUCCACAAGCAACUGGUAGAAGCUUCAGAGCGACUGAAGUCCCAGGCCAAGGAGCUCAAAGAUGCCCACCAGCAGCGGAAGCUGGCGCUGCAGGAGUUCUCGGAGCUCAACGACCGCAUGGCCGAGCUCCGCUCCCAGAAGCAGAAGGUUUCCCGGCAGCUUCGCGACAAGGAGGAGGAGAUGGAGGUGGCCAUGCAGAAAAUCGACGCGCUGCGGCAGGAGAUGCGCAGAGCCGAGAAGUCCAGAAAAGAGUGACAGAGCCACCAGCACAUGGCGCUGCCCGGGGGGGGUGGAUGGCAGCGUGCACUCAGGGAGGGCCCCAGGACUGACUGUGCUCGUCACCUUUGUCUGCAGAUGAAGCAGGGAGGCCGGGGGCCUGGUGCCGCCUCAGAGCACCAGCAGGAGAUCUGCAGAGUGAAGUCUGAGCUGGAGAAGAAGGUCCUGUUCUACGAGGAGGAGUUGGUCAGACGCGAAGCCUCCCACGUGUUAGAAGUGAAGAACGUGAGGAAAGAGGUGCAUGACUCGGAGAGCCACCAGCUGGCCCUGCAGAAGGAGGUCCUGAUGCUGAGGGACAAGCUGGAGAAGGCCAAGCGGGAGCGGCACAGCGAGAUGGAGGAGGCCGUCGGCACGAUCAAAGAGAAAUACGAACGGGAGAGGGCGGUGCUGUGCGAGGAGAGCAGGAAAGUGACCGCGGAAAACGAAAGGCUCUGUUCCUUCGUGGAUAAACUGACGGCUCAAAAUAGACAACUGGAAGAUGAGCUGCAGGAUCUGGCGGCCAAGAAGGAGUCCGUGGCCCACUGGGAAGCCCAGAUUGCGGAGAUCAUUCAGUGGGUCAGCGACGAGAAGGACGCCCGGGGCUACCUGCAAGCGCUCGCCUCCAAGAUGACCGAGGAGCUCGAGGCCUUGCGGAGUUCCAGUCUGGGAUCCAGAACACUGGACCCGCUGUGGAAAGUCCGCCGCAGUCAGAAGCUGGACAUGUCCGCCCGGCUGGAGCUACAGUCCGCACUCGAGGCCGAGAUCCGGGCCAAGCAGCUGGUGCAGGACGAGCUGAGGAAAGUCAAAGACGCAAACCUCUCCUUGGAAAGUAAACUGAAGGAUUCCGAAGCCAAAAACCGAGAAUUACUAGAAGAAAUGGAAAUUUUGGACAUGGCUCGGGCCCUGCCGAGGCCAGCCCCCGUGCCGCUGCCCCCCACACCGGCCCUCACCCUGACUGGACCCAAGCCCAAAGCACACCAGUUCAGCAUCAAGUCCUUCUCGAGUCCCACGCAGUGCAGCCACUGCACCUCGCUGAUGGUCGGGCUCAUCCGGCAGGGCUACGCCUGUGAGGUGUGCUCGUUUGCCUGCCACACGGCCUGCAAGGACAGUGCCCCCCAGGUGUGCCCCAUCCCUCCCGAGCAGUCCAAGCGGCCCCUGGGAGUGGAUGUGCAGCGGGGCAUUGGCACCGCCUACAAAGGCUACGUCAAGGUCCCCAAGCCCACUGGGGUGAAGAAGGGGUGGCAGCGGGCGUAUGCAGUGGUUUGCGACUGCAAGCUCUUCCUGUAUGACCUGCCUGAGGGGAAGUCCACACAGCCCGGCGUGGUCGCCAGCCAGGUCCUGGACCUCAGAGAUGAAGGCUUCUCAGUGAGCUCAGUCCUGGCCUCAGACGUCAUACAUGCCACACGCCGAGAUAUUCCUUGUAUAUUCCGGGUGACGGCCUCUCUCUUAGGUUCACCUUCUAAGACCAGCUCGCUGCUCGUUCUGACAGAAAAUGAGAACGAAAAGAGGAAGUGGGUUGGGAUCCUAGAAGGCCUCCAGUCAAUCCUCCACAAAAACAGACUGAGGAAUCAACUGGUGCACGUACCUCAGGAAGCCUACGACAGCUCGCUGCCCCUCAUCAAGGCUGUCCUGGCGGCGGCCAUCGUGGACGGAGAUAAGAUCGCCAUCGGCCUGGAAGAAGGGCUCUAUGUCAUAGAGCUGAACCGCGAUGUGAUCAUCAGAGCGGCUGACUGCAAGAAGGUGCACCAGAUAGCACUCGCGCCGCGGGAGAAGGUGGUCAUCCUGCUCUGUGGCCGGAACCACCACGUCCACCUCUACCCCUGGUCUGCCCUGGAUGGGGCCGAGGGCAGCUCUGACAUCAAGCUCCCAGAGACGAAAGGCUGCCAGCUCAUCGCCACGGCGACGCUAAGGAAGAACGCCCCCACCUGCCUCUUUGUGGCCGUCAAGCGGCUGGUGCUGUGCUUCGAGCUGCACAGGACUAAGCCUUUCCACCGGAAGCUUGGCGAGCUGGCGGCGCCCGGCACCGUGCAGUGGAUGGCCGCCAUCGGGGACCGGCUCUGUGUGGGCUACCCGUCCGGGUUUGCCCUGCUGAGCACACAGGGCGACGGGCACGCCCUCAGCCUGGUGAACCCCGCUGACCCCUCGCUUGCCUUCCUCUCCCAGCAGUCUUUUGACGCCCUCUGUGCUGUGGAGGUCAGGAGCGAGGAGUAUCUGCUGUGCUUCAGCCACAUGGGGCUGUACGUGGACUCACAAGGCCGGAGGUCUCGCACCCAGGAGCUCAUGUGGCCGGCAGCCCCUGUCGCCUGUUGCAGCCCCUCCCACGUCACCGUGUACAGCGAGUAUGGCGCUGACGUUUUCGACGUGACCACUAUGGAGUGGGUGCAGACCAUCGGCCUGCGGAGGAUCCGACCGCUGAACCCGGAAGGCAGCCUAAACCUCCUCAACUGCGAGCCCCCUCGCCUCAUCUAUUUCAAGAGCAGGUUCUCGGGCACCGUGCUCAAUGUGCCCGACACCUCUGAGAACAGCAAGAAACAGAUGCUGCGGACCAGGAGCAAGCGGUGGUUCGUGUUCAAGGUCCCCGAGGAGGAGCGGCUGCAGCAGAGGCGAGAAAUGCUCAGAGACCCGGAGCUCAGAUCCAAGAUGAUCUCCAAUCCGACCAACUUCAACCACGUGGCCCACAUGGGGCCCGGCGAUGGCAUGCAGGUGCUCAUGGACCUCCCGCUGAGUGCGCUGCCCCCCACGCAGGAGGAGAGGCCCGGCCCCACCAGCGUAGCCCGGCAGCCCCCACCCAGAAACAAGCCGUACGUCUCGUGGCCCGCGUCAGGAGGAUCGGAGCCCAGCAUGGCUGUGCCUCUGAGGAGCAUGUCUGACCCUGACCAGGACUUUGACAAAGAGGGCCCCCACAGACAGACCCCUCCCCUCAAGUCCCCCUGGGGCCGCGAGGCAUGUGGUCAGCUCUCAGCUGUUAUCCUGGCUGUGCCCAGCGUGUUCCUGCAGCUGUGCUCAGAGACAGCCCGGCUGGCUGUGGUGCAGAAUGUGUUUUCCUUCAGGGUCACGCCUGAUUCGGAUUCUACCAAACACUCAACCCCAUCCAACAGCUCCAACCCCAGCGGCCCACCGAGCCCCAACUCCCCCCACCGGAGCCAACUGCCCCUGGAAGGCCUGGAGCCACCAGCCUGUGACGCCUGA